AAAUUCAUACUAAUGUUGGGCUCAGCUAGCGCCCAAUAGACUCCCAUUGGCCCAUUGACGUAGCAUGGGCAGCGUUUCCCAUCUCCUCAAAAGGAUAUCUGCCGUUGCGAAUGUUAGACUCCACUCUGUGAGGCACAUCGAUCUGCAGGUUGAACAUGGUGAGAUUGUAGACUCCUAAAUUGAUAGUGCAGUUUGUUUAGGCGAUUUUAUAGCUAACUAGCUACUUUACAUGUUGAUAUUGUCUUUGGUACUAUGUUUGCUAGCUACCUAGCCAGCCCAUAGAGGGAGCAUUGCAUUGUGGACUUGAGCAGCAACAUAUUUCCAUAAUGAUUUUCCAUGUUGCUACUAACCUUGUUAUGACGCCAAAAUGAUACAUUUGUUCACAAAAAAUAUUGUUCUCACAUAUUAGUGUAAUUUUACACUAAAUUAAAGUAAUGAGUGGUUUUGGGUGGAUUCUUCCUUUAAGUGCAUACGCAGCUGGCACACACACUGAUUUUUCGCAAGUUUGGUUAUAGGUCAGCUAUGCAGUCUUAACUUCCAUCCCUAAACUUAGUGCCACCAUAGACUGAAAGACUAAAUGCGCAUUGUCAUAAUUCUCUCUUUUUUGUAUCGUCAGUCAUGUUACCUUGUAUCUAGUCAUUCCUGUAACCCUGUCUCCUGUAUUUAGUCAGUCCUGUAACCCUGUCUUCUAUAUCCAGUCAGUCCUGUAACCCUGUCUCCUGUUUUAGUCAGUCCUGUUACCCUGUCUCCUGUUUUAGUCAGUCCUGUAACCCUGUCUUCUAUAUCCAGUCAGUCCUGUAACCCUGUCUCCUGUUUAAGUCAGUCCUGUUACCCUGUCUUCUAUAUCCAGUCAGUCCUGUAACCCUGUCUCCUGUUUUAGUCAGUCCUGUUACCCUGUCUUCUAUAUCCAGUCAGUCCUGUAACCCUGUCUCCUGUUUUAGUCAGUCCUGUAACCCUGUCUCCUGUUUUAGUCAGUCCUGUAACCCUGUCUCCUGUUUUAGUCAGUCCUGUUACCCUGUCUUCUAUAUCCAGUCAGUCCUGUAACCCUGUCUCCUGUUUUAGUCAGUCCUGUUACCCUGUCUUCUAUAUCCAGUCAGUCCUGUUACUCUGUAUACAGUCAGUCCUAUAUCCAGUUAGUGCUGUAACCCAGUCUUCUAUCUCCUGUGCCCUGUAGGUUUGCUGGUAAGACGGCCAGUAGUGGAGCUGUGGUGCUGGUGACAGUGGAGUUGAGGGAGUUGUCUACAGCCCUGAUCACCAUCAACACAGAGAAGAGUGUCAUGGGCUCCAUGCUGCUCCGAGACCUCAAACAGGCCCUGGCCCAGGCCUAG